AUGCUAACGUUUGAACAAUGGAAAUCCGACAUCCAGGUCACAGGACAGGUCAACUUAGUCACAACUGCUGUACUAAGGUUUAAAAACUGUGGUCUGACCAAAUGUAUCACUUGUUACCUGAUGGCCAUGGCAUUGGCGGAUCUACUGGUCGUUAUCCUGGACCUGAUAUUGAGACAUAUUCCAAUUCUUUUUCGUGAACAGUUUAUAUUCCUGUAUUACGUCCCCGUGUGUAAUAUCCACGCCGUCCUGAUUUAUGCAGCUACUGACUGUUCUGUCUGGUUCACCGUAACUUGCACCUUUGAUCGAUUUGUGGCCAUUUCUUGCCCAAUGCUGAAAAAUAAAUAUUGCAGCGAGAAGACAGCAGCUGUGGUUCUGGGAACAGUGACUUUGUUGAGCUGUGUAAAGAACAUUUUCUGGUAUUUUAUGUUCGCAACUAGGUAUGUUCUCAAGAACUUCCCUUGGUUUUGUGAUGUCACAGAAAAUGUUCGAGACUCCCCGUUGUGGACAACAAUGGAGAUCCUGCAGUAUAUUCUAACCCCUGGCCUCCCAUUUUUCCUGAUUCUGCUGCUCAAUGUUCUCACCGUCAGACACAUUUUAAUGAGCAGCAGGGCCCGCAGGAGACUCCGGGCUCACAGCAGUAGAAAAAGGCCCAAAGACCCAGCAAUGGAGAGUCGACGGAAAUCCAUAAUAUUGUUAUUUGUGAUCUCGGCCAAUUUCAUUCUGUUAUGGUCAACAUUUAUGGUUUACUCUAUCUGGUACAGGAUGUGGGAUUUUGAGUUUGUUUCUUUUUGGAUAGAUAUGUUUGUUAUGGAAUUGGGCUUCAUGCUGCAGCUCCUGAGCUGCUGCACUAACACUGCGAUUUACGCUGUGACACAGACUCAGUUCAGAAAACAGUUGAAGAAUGUGCUGGCAUAUCCCCUUGCUCUAUUUCUUAAAUGUUUUCAAUGA